AUGAUCUCAAAAAUCUCCCCUGCAGUCCGCCCAACAUUGCUCCAAAUUUACUUGUCCUGGGUAGAUGCGUGGCUGUUGUCCGCAAAGGAACCACAACCGCCCAAAGAACCCCUCUUAACCCUUGAUGAAUUGUCCAGUAUAUUUCAAGAUGAAAACAUCCACAAAUUGAUGAACCACAAAACCAUCCUCCAAGCAACGCGAUCAUUCAGAAACCAUAAUGGAAAGAACAUGAUAAGCCUCGGCGGCACACAACCCCCAUCCAACGACAUGACCGACCUUUUCUCUGAAACCUAUGACCCCCAAUCAGACUGCAACUGCGAUAAAACCAAACCAAAGGGCAGCACACACAGGCAAUUAACGUGCGGCGCCAUCAAUGGCAUGGUCUCCGCAAUGGAAACAGUCCUCCACACCCAAGACGAAUGGCACACCGACCUCUUCACAGCGCCCAAACUCCAAGCCGCUGUCGACGAACUCAUCCUCGCGAAUACUGAUCUUCAACUCAGACUCGAUACCUGCCAAGGACCCAGUACAGCAGAUUUAAUCCCAAAAGUCCGAGCACCGGACCGCCGUCCAAACCCAGGCGUCGACGGAAAUGCAAUUAUCGGAAACCAACUCUAUCCCACCGCCGAACAAAUCAAGAUCUGUGCCGAUGCCAAAUACUUCGGUGUUAUCGCCUGCGGUGCAGGUAUCUGCGACGAGGGUCUUGCUCGUGCCAUUGCAGAUUCAUGCAAUGAUAUUCUCAUCGGCGAUUACUGUGAAGCGGCGGAUGCGAAGGGGUUGAAACUCCUUCAGCAGGUUGGCGGUGCUGCGAUGGCAUUUCUGAAGCUGUGUAACAUGUCAGGCCGGAUAACGGACUGGCAGUUCAGUAACCUAGCUGCUUAUAUGAUCCAGUGUCGGGUUUUGGGGUAUUUCCGGGACCAUGAGCGACCAUAUCUGCCGGAUGGGAUCUAUGGGAGUCAUAUGACUGGUCUAGGGGUGCAUCGGCAUAUUGAUGUUGCUGCUUUUCAUGGUGUCAUGACUGCGUCUGUGGCAACGGGGUUGGAGUGUUGUGAGAAGGAUUUUAUGAGACUUGUUGAUGCAUGUGUUUAUGUCAAUGAUUUUGUGGAUUUCAGGGGUGAUACGAUGCGGAAACAGAGAGAGAAUGUUUUGUUGAGGGGUCUUAGAGGGGAUGUUUGUCGGUAUCUUGACACUAUGAUUGGAGAGUGUCUUGAUGCGGUUGUUGAGGCCGUGGAGGGCUCGGAGUUGGGAGCUCUGGUUGUUAUGGGGUAUUGCAACUGGGCGGUUAUGGGGGCUCAUCAUAAGGUUUAUGAGGUUCUCAAAGGAGUUAAGGGGAUUAAGCAGUACGAGGCUUGUAAUUAUGCUUCUGUUGCUGAUACCUCGAGAUAUGUCAGGUUGGUGAGGGCAUUGGAGCCAUAUGGGACGCUUAGUGAGGAUGGACCGAUGGUCACGAAAAGGCGGGUGGAGAUGGAGAAGGUUUACAGCACUUGUCGAUCAGACCCGGCAGCACACAUGGCUUGGCUAGCAGAUGCAACCCGGAGCCUGCUUGAGCCUACUGUGCUGAGACGGAUAGUGGAUGUGGUUCAUUACGAAUGGAGCGGAGAUGUGGGCGCUGUGGAUUAUUGUCCUUAG